CCUAAUUCAACAUCCACUCCGAUACAGAGCACGGGUCAUCGCUCUUCAGCUGCUACCAUGGUGAACGUGCCUAAGACGAAGAAGACAUAUUGCAAGAGCAAGGAGUGCAGGAAGCACACUUUGCACAAAGUUACACAGUAUAAGAAGGGUAAGGAUAGUUUGGCUGCUCAAGGGAAGCGUCGUUAUGAUCGCAAACAAUCAGGUUAUGGUGGUCAGACCAAACCAGUGUUCCACAAGAAGGCAAAAACCACCAAGAAGAUUGUGCUAAGGCUUCAAUGCCAGGGUUGCAAGCAUGUCUCCCAACAUCCAAUCAAGAGGUGCAAGCACUUUGAGAUUGGUGGAGACAAGAAGGGGAAGGGAACAUCUCUUUUCUAAAUGUGGUUUACUUGGAAUUUUGUUAAGUUCGCUUUUAGUUCUCUAAUGUUGUUUACAGACGAUAUUGUGUUCUUUUAAGUUUACAUAAUGACAUUGGUUGCACUCA